GCGGAGGCGCGCGGCAGAGCUCCGCAAAGUUACACUCCCGAUUGAAGAGCGAGCGGUGCUGCGCGCUGGCCGGCUGAUCGUGGCAUGCGUCGAGGCGAGCUCCGGAUCUCUGCUCUCUGAAGGUCUGCAUGGAGGGACGUCGGCAUGGCGUGCACCAGGAGAACCAAAACUGUGGUGUCGACGUGCGUGAUCCUGAGCGGCAUGACCAACAUCGCGUGCCUGCUCUACGUGGGCUGGGUCACUAACUACAUCGCGAGCGUGUACAUCCGCGUCCCCGAGGCCGCCCCCGACAAGAAGUUGGAGGAGGACAGCAAGGGGGAAACUUUGCGGAUUAUAGAGAGACUGGACCGACUGGAGAAUGUGGUGAACCAGCACAUACAAGAGACCCCGCAGAAGACGGACGCCAUCUCCGAGUCCUUCUCGGACUCUUCCCUGUUCAGCCGCUGGGGACAGGACCUGAGUCCAGAGAGCCGCCGGAUCGCCCUGAAGAAGUUCCAGUACUACGGCUACAACGGCUACCUGAGCGACCGCCUCUCGUUGGACCGAGCCAUCCCUGACCUGCGGCCAGACGGGUGCAGGAACAUUUCGUAUCCCACAAACCUCCCACAAGUUAGUAUUGUCUUCAUUUUCGUCAACGAGGCCCUGUCGGUUAUUCUCCGCUCCAUCCACUCUGCAAUGAGCAGGACGCCCCGCCAUCUGCUCAAAGAGAUCAUCCUGGUUGACGACAACAGCAGCAAUGAGGAGCUGAAGGAGAACCUGCAGGAAUUUGUGGAGGAGACCAAUUCCCAGCAGCCAGGUUUCAUCAAAGUGGUUCGUCAUGACAAGCAGGAGGGGUUGAUCCGAUCGCGAGUGAGCGGAUGGAGGGCUGCCUCUGCCCCUGUUGUGGCCCUCUUUGAUGCACACGUGGAGUUCAACACUGGAUGGGCCGAACCCAUUCUGCUGAGGAUUAAAGAGGAUCGAACCCGAAUCGUCUCUCCUUCAUUUGACAACAUCAAAUACGACACCUUCGAAAUAGAGGAGUACCCUCUAUCUGCCCAGGGCUUUGACUGGGAGCUGUGGUGUCGCUACUUGAACCCCCCCAAAUCCUGGUGGAACCUUGCAAACAACACAGCUCCAAUCAGGAGCCCAGCUCUGAUCGGCUGCUUCGUGGUGGACAGGCAGUACUUUGAGGAAAUCGGCCUCCUCGAUGAGGGACUGGAGGUCUACGGGGGCGAGAAUGUGGAGCUGGGUGUCAGGGUAUGGCAGUGCGGGGGCAGCGUUGAGGUCCUGCCCUGCGCCCGAAUCGCCCACAUUGAGCGAGCCCACAAGCCCUACACGGAGGACCUGACAGCCCAUGUACGCCGAAACGCCUUGCGGGUGGCCGAGGUGUGGAUGGACGAGUUCAAGAGUCACGUCUACAUGGCCUGGAACGUUCCGCAGGAGGACUCUGGGAUUGACAUCGGUGAUGUCUCCGAGAGGAAGGCUCUGAGGAAAAGGCUGCGGUGCAAAACGUUUCGAUGGUACUUGGUCAACAUCUACUCCGAGAUGAGAAUGUACACAGACACCAUCGCCUACGGAGUGCUGAAGAACUCCCUGAAGAGCGACCUAUGCCUGGACCAGGGGCCCGACACAGACAACGUCCCCAUCCUGUACAUCUGCCAUGGGAUGACCCCUCAGAACGUGUACUACACGACCACGCAGCAGUUACACGUGGGCGUCCUGAGCCCGACCAUCGAUGAUGAUGACAACAAGUGCCUGGUAGACGUCAACAGCAGGCCGCGGCUCAUUGAGUGCAGCUACGCCAAGGCCAAACGCAUGAAGCUAUACUGGCUCUUCACUCAGGGAGGUGCCAUCCAGAACCGGAAGUCAAAGCGAUGCCUUGAGCUUGUGGAAAGCGGUGACAACGAGUUUGGUUACCAGCUGGCACUCCAGAAGUGCUCUGGCCAAACGUGGACAAUCACCAACCUGCUGCCUGGCAGCUCCUUAUGAUGGAACCUGGACCUCAUAGAGCCAUUCUGAAUCCUGGCUUUUUUUCCCUCCUUUUUAAGCUUUUUUUUAGACAAUAGAUGAGAAGUGCGUGAAAUCAAAGACGACUCUUCGGGCACUGUGGUUUCCCUCUGUUUUUUCUGAUGACGUCCUACAGUCGUCGGGGAGCACUUUUUUUGAGGUUUUUGUGCGUGUGACUAAGCCACCGUGUUCAAUUUACACAUCGCAGCUCGAAAGAUUAGGUUUUCUUUCAGUAUAUUUUGUGCCCUCUUAUGUUGACUUGAAUGUUUUAAUGGACCCAAUACACUCAUGUAACUUUUUUGCUACUGUGUAGCAUGCAUCUGAAGUGUAUCCUACUGUAUUUAAUUUUCUAGUGUCUCAGGUUUGUAGGUUGAGAACAUAAGGAAAUCAAGCUGAACUGGAGUAUAGAUAUAUAUGUUGGAAUAUAACUGACUGAAGAUUUGAAACUAUUUUCUAAAUGUUAAUAUCAUGAAUAUUUAUAUCUCACAGUAAACGUACCGAUGGUAAAUACACAUGCGCGUGUGUUAUUUCUGCUAAUAAAGGUUAUGAACAGAGUCGGUGCAUGUAGACUUCAGGAGCAUUUUGAACAACCUUGUUCAUGGAG